AUGAGUUCAUCAAAUAAUGCCUAUGCCAAAGCUACAGCGCUAGAAGUAAUCAAAAAUUUUCGUGUCCCAGAAUUACAGACAGUACUCGACUGCGGUAAUGUACCUCGUCAUGGUCAGAAACGGGAUUUACUUCAACGUUGUAAAUUACUCAUUUCAUCAAGUUUUACCCCACAAUUAGCGAAUAAAAUUCAACAAAUAAAUAGAACUCGAGCACGUUCAUCUCGAUCAAAUCAUGUAUCAUCUUCAACAUCGUCAUCAAAAAAUCCCAUAGUUUUACCCAAAACUCCACCCAUUGAAGUUUUACCUCAAUCCAAUAGUAUACAAUUUAUUAGUUUACCUUUCUUUGAAAAAAUGCGCAGCAUUGAAUCGUCAAAUAUGCCUGUCGAUUGGCAUACAUUUACUCCAUUAAGAUUUGUUUUAAAUGAUACCGAUAUUGAGUUAAUAAGAAAAAAUAUAGCAAAAGUUUUUCUUCGUAUUGCACCAACAACAAUGCAUGAAAGACAUAACGAUGUUUCGCCACCUUAUUUAUUUGUUCAAUGCAAUAAUCAAGCAGUAAUUAAUAAUAAUGUAUCGAAACAAGUUGGUUCACAAGCACAUUCAAUAUCAUUUCCAACUGAUUUAACAGAUAAAAUUAUACUUAAAGCAAACACAAGCAAUACAUUAACUUUUCUUUGGUUACAAUCCCCUACUUCGAUGUCAUUUAAAAAUUUACCAAAAUCGUAUACAUUAGCGAUACAACUAGUUCAUUGUGUCUCACUUGAUACUCUAUUGGAAAUAAUACUCAAACGAGAACCAUAUUCAAACAAAAACGAUAACGAUAAUGAUAGCGAUAUUGAAAUUGAAGAUUUAGGUUUAAUGACGACACAACAGCGAGUUUCGUUAAUUUGUCCAAUAACACAAUCAUUAAUUGCUCUACCAGCUAAAUCAUCGUACUGUUCACAUUUAACAUGUUUCGAUUUAAAAUCGUUUUUAUUAAUGAAUGAAAAACGACUUCAAUGGGCAUGUCCAUUAUGUAAAAAAUCAGCUUCAUUUGAAUCAUUACGUAUUGAUCAACGUUUAAAAUCUAUUCUAUCGAAUGUGCCAGCAAAUUGCUCAACAGUAGAAAUUGAUUCAUCAAUUGAUUGCCAAUAUAUAUUAGAUACUGUUAAACAAGAAAAAGUCGAAUUUACUGAAACAACACAUGAAAAUCAAAAUAGUGAAGAGGAAUCAAUCAACAAUUAUACCUCUAAAUCUCGCCAUCAAUCUGAUGAAAGUGAUUGCAUAGUUCUUUCGUCGGGUAGCGAAAGUGAAGAUGAAGAUAACAACAACAAUGACGACGAUAUAAAUAAUUCGUCUUCACCUGCAACUCCUAUACUUAAUCAAAAUGAUGAUAUCGAUGAUAGAUUUAGUAAUAAAGUGAAUGAUAAUACUAGUCAAUUGUCUCGUAAUUCGCAUUCAACAGUAUCUCCAAUUCUAUCAACUGUCGAUGAUACGAACUUUUGGGAAGAUAUAGCUCAAAUAACAUAUGAUCUAUCACCAGAUGGUAAUAAUGCGCAACUUGCAAAUCGAAAGCGAAGUAACAGUUCAACAUCAUCGGUUCUAUCAUCAUGUUAUUCGUCCUCAAAAUCACAAGAUGGUCCUCGUCUUAGAAAACGAAAUAAACGACCAUCGAAUGUUAAAUCCCGAACAACGGAUAUUGAAGUUAUAACACUUUCGUCUAAUGACAGUAGUGAUAAUGGUGAUCAAUCGUCAUGA